UCAACACACUAAGUUUAUAAAAUAUGAUUCAUCUUUUUACAUUAAUUUAUCUUUGGUGGUAAAUUUUUUCCUUAAGAAUUAAGUGAAUAGUAAUAAAUAUAAAUAUCUGAUCAAAAUGGACGAGGAACAAGGACUAAAUGAGGAUGAUUUCACCAUACCGCCUGUGAAAUAUGAAUAUCUUGAUCACACAGCUGAUGUCCAAUUACAUGCAUGGGGCGAUACUCUAAAAGAAGCCUUUGAACAAUGUGGAAUGGCAAUGUUUGCAUACAUGACGGAGAUGGACUAUGUUCAGAUCAAAGAAGUUCACACUAUUGAAGCCAAUGCUGAUGACUUGAUGGGCUUGCUAUACCAUUUUCUUGAUGAAUUACUAUUUCUAUUUUCGGUUGAACCAUUUCUUAUUUGCAAGAAAUUAGUGAUAACAGAAUUUAAUACAGAGGAAUUUAGAAUAGUUUGUAAGUGUUUUGGUGAAGAGUUUCAGAUUGGUAAACAUCCACAAGGAACAGAGGUUAAGGCUAUUACAUAUUCGGCAAUGCAAAUUAUAGAUGUACCUAAGGAUAAUAAAUAUGAAGUUUUUGUAAUUAUUGACAUAUGAAUAUAUUUAAUACUUUUUAUUA